AUGCAAGAGUCUUCACAACCAAAUGGAACWCAUUCCUCUAAAGAUAUUGAUGAURUWUUAAAAGCAAAACUGCAUCAGUUCAGAGCACGUCAGAAUUUACAAACUAAAUCUAUGAAAGGUUGUAAAAGGGAAAUCAAGGAAGUCCUAAAUUCGAAUACUCCACCAAAUGGAUUGUUCCUGAAAAGCAAUUUUGAGCUUCUAAGACAAAACUACAAAAAAGCAAUCAAACUGUUGAACAGUGCUCCCAAGACAGAGAAUAGUUUGCUGGAAGCUGGAGAGAGUCUUAGUACUAUGUACUUCAAUAAUCUUGGAUGUGUACAUUUUCAUAUGCGCAAAUACAACUUGGCAGCUUUCUAUUCACGACUGGCCUUGGAGGAAGAUGACAAGUCUUUGCUAACGUUACCAGAAGCUGAGAAAAGCGAGGCUUUACAUAGUUGUCCAAUGGUUGGUCUACGGUUAAGUCGACGGCAUGAAAUCCUGUAUAACCUGGGAAUUCAGCUGCUAUUCUCAGGAAGACCACAGGCUGCCUUUGACUGCCUGGUUGAAUCUCUACAAACAUACCAUACUAAUGCUAGACUCUGGAUGAGGCUGGCUGAAUGCUGUAUACUGUCACAUCAAUUGGUUGACGACAAGAGAUGGAAAUGUAGUGAGAAAUGUGAUGUGGUCAAGUCUGUAAUUGGAUCUGGACCCCACAGGAAAAUUGUCAUCUUAUCAGAAAGGGAAAAGAGAUCACUAGAUAAUGAAAGCCAGUCAGCUGCAAUGCCAGCCUGUACACUAGAAUUCUCCUCAAUCUGUCUGCAAAAUGCUCUUCUGUUACUGAAGGCAGGAGAAACACUCUUAGAGUCUAGACAAGAGGGUAGUACUGUAGAAAAUCACAUUGGACAGGACAAUAAUGAAGUCUUCGAAAUAAAUGGCUCUGUAGAGAGYGAUUCUUCAAGAAGUUCGGUUUGUUCAGAGUCUACAAUUCCAGCUCUUCCUGGCCCACCAAUCAAAUUAAAAGAAAUUCCCAAUAUACGAUGUGCGAUGUUGUGUUGUAGUGCGUAUGUGUCUCUAGGUUUAGGCGACAAUGUAACUGCAUUAGAACAUGCACAACGUCUAUUGGAACACACAAAUAUCUCAGGAUCACACAAAUUUCUAGGACAUCUAUAUGCUGCUGAAUCUCUUAUCAAAUUAAACCGAAUAUCAGAGGCUAUCACACACUUAUCGUGCGAUAAUAUAAGUGAUAUAGGACCUUAUAGUGGCUCAGGUGUAAGUGAAAAAGGAGACAAAGAAAGAGAUACAUCACCUCAUUGUUGUGAAAAGACAGACUAUCCUCACUCUCUAAGUGAAGGCAAAGCUACUCUGCUCUAUAACCUAGCAAGUACCUACUGUCUGAGAAGUGAAUAUGAUAAAGCUAAGAAAUGUCUUUCACAGGCUCACCAGGCUAACUCUCAAGGAAGUUCAAAGUCUUUGUCAGCAAGAAUGGUGCUAUUAGCUGUUUAUAUUGAAUUACAAUGUGGCAACACUUCUAAUGCCUUACAGAUAAUCAAGAAGAAUCARUUUGCUCAUAUGUUAAGUAAUGGGAAAUCAAAACAGUCCAAGCGUCUUAGUGAUUUCUGGAAAUCAUGAUCAUCGUUUGUUAUACAGAGACUUGUUUUUGAUCAAACAAGAACUCUUGAAAUAUACUAUGGAGGGAAAUUACUCCAAAUGGAUCAAUGUUAAUGUUGAUGUGUAGGGAUUCGUUGUUGAAAACAGACAAAAUUAUGAAAUAAAAUUCAAAUUGUUGUAUGCCA